AUGGACGUGGCCUACAACCAGCACGCGGACCGCGCCCGGCGCAAGAACCGCUCGUCCACCAACAUCAACCACCUGACGCUCGCGCCGCUGACGGUCAAGCUCCCGCUCAACGACCCCGACUCCAUCGCCGACCUGUCCAGCGGGCCCGUCACCUCGUCCUACCUCGAAGGCAAGUCGGCGCCCACGACGCCGCGCUUCCUCGGCCACGCCGCCGCCACGCCGCGCUCCCGCUCCCAGCACCGCACGCCCUACGGCGAGUCCAUCACCAAGAGCCGGUCCUCGACCAACCUCCCCAUCGGCGGCGGCGGCGGCGGCCGACGCACCGGCUCUGGCGCCUCGACGCCGCGCAGGCGACGCGGGCCGGACGAGCCGACGCUCGCGAGCCGCCACCGAAACGACAGCGACUGGAUGCUGCGCACCGGCGCCCUCAUGAGCUCCGAGGCCCGCGAGAGCAAGGGCCAGGCCUGGCUCGUCUCCCGCCAGAGCUCCACGAGCCUGGCCACGAUGCGCAACGCCGACGAGGACGCUUUCGAGCAGGAGCUGCUGGCCCGCGAGCAGCGCAGCAGCCACCACGCCAGCCGUCGCGGCAGCACCCAGGCCGUGGCCGACGGCGACGAGCUCUCGCCCGCCGUCAGCCGUCGGACGAGCCGCUUCGCCAGCCGCGCGCAGAGCAUGGACCUCCGCAGCGCCGCGCUCACGCCCAUGGACCGCAACGGGGCCGGCGGCGACUCGUACUUUCCGUCAGACGCCAUCUCCGGCCCGGACUUUGUCAACCUGGACCAGAAGCUCGAGGAGCUGGAGCGCGACAACGAGCUCGACGACGAGGCCGCCAUCCGCCGCCUCAUGCGCGAGGGCAAGGCGCUCAAGGGCUCCUGGAUCGCCAGCUUCAUCGGCUGGUCGCUGUUUGAGGAGGACGAGGGCGAGGAGGACGACAGCGAAGAUGAGGACGAGGACGAGGAGAAUGGGGACAAGGGCACACAGACUCCGAGACAUGUCGAAGGCAUCACAGGCAUGCCAUCGGUCAAGGUGCCUCCGCCUAAAGAGGUCGAGAGUAGCUGGAACGAUGCUGCCUGGUUGCUGAGUCUUGCGUCAAAGGUCAUAUUUUAG